UCGGGCGGAGGGGCAGCAUGUGCGAUCCGGCCGUGUGUAGUUUUCUCACCCAGACGCUGUGCGCCCAUGGCGGGCGGCUGGGGCUGCGGGAGCUGCAGGAGAACGUCGGGCUGUCGGCGCUGCAGCUGGAGGACACGCUCUCGGCGGCGGGUCCCCGGCGGUUCCUGAAGGUGGGGAGCGGCCCGGUGGUCCUGGCCGUGACGGACGUGCGGGUCUGUGUCCGCAAGGCCUGCGACGGCUGCGAGCGGCUGCACCUCUGCAAGCUGCACCUCAUGGGCAGGUGCCACCAGGGGCCCAGCUCUUGUAAGUACUCGCAUGACAUCAUGAAUGCGGAGAACAAAAAAGUUCUAAAAAAACAUGAUUUGUCUGGCCUCAGUGAAAAUGAGCUGCAAGUCCUGCUUCUCCAAAAUGAUCCAUUCUUCCUCCCUGAUACCUGUCAGUUCUACAACACAAAAGGUAGUCGCUGUAUGCAGCAAAACAACUGCAACAAGCUUCAUGUUUGUCGACACUUUCUCAAGGGGAAAUGUAAAUUUCCUCAAUGCAUAAUGUCCCAUAACCUCUUGGAUGGCCAUGCAAUGAGAGUGUUGGAAACUGGAGGGAUUGAUGGGAAGAUAGCCUCAAACUUCCAGGCUAUAUAUGAUUUCAAGCAUGUUGAAUUCAACAAGGAAAAUAAGAAGGAGUAUGUACGCAGCUACAGACCAAGAAAUGAUUGUUGGAAAAUACCAGCAGUUCCAAGGAUUAAAGAAGUGAAGACAACUUCGGAAACAGUGCAGUGCCUGCUGGAUGUGCCGCCUUCCAAAGGUCCCAGUAGCACCGUACCUGCUCAGAGCCAAGACCAGUUGCCAACAGGAAUGGGAGAUAAAGAUAAAGGUCCCAGUAGCACUGUACCUGGUCAGAGCCAAGACCAGUUGACAGCAGGAGCAGGAGAUAAAGGUAAAAAGGACACUUCCUCUGAUGAAGCUUCAAAGGAAAACGAAAAAGAUAACUAUGAUGAGAUCUGUUUGUUUUAUGUCUGGAAGUACUGCAAAAACAAGGAUAAAUGCAAAUCUGUUCAUUACCAUUUGCCAUAUAAAUGGGAGGUACAUGAUGGGCUGUUCUGGCAUGAACUUUCCAUGAUGGAGGACAUUGAAAAGGCCUAUUGUGACCCAAAGAACAGCAGCUUUCAAAGCAGGAACAUUAAUUUCCAGACAAUGACUUGCUCUUCUUCUUUGGUUCGACGCCUCUCUACACCAUCAUCGGUCACAAAACCCACAUUCCUACUGACCACACAGUGGAUUUGGUACUGGAAGAAUAACCAAGACAAGUGGAUUGAAUAUGGAGAACAGGAAGAAGGGAACAGCGUGACCUCACCAUCUUCUGCUAUUAUUGAAAAUUUGUAUCAAGCAGAUCCAUGUGCUGUUGUACCUUUCCAGGCUGGCCAAUAUCAAUACGAACUCAAUUUUAAAGAAAUGACUCAGACAAACAUUACUUUUAAGACUCGAAGACAGGUCUGCAGGCGACCAAAAUUUGUGUCUUCUGAAGAUGUGCAGAAGAUAAAGACAGGCUGUCAGAGGGAUUCUUCUGUUCCUAGUCACUGGGAUGCAUCUGCACUGCCUGACUUGGGAUACAAGUAGGUAAUAUUGGGAGUGGCUGGGAUUCUGCAUGCUUGUGGUGACCAUUGUAAGAGCUGACAGCUACAACUCGAUGAACAGCCAUCUCGUCAGACAUUGACAAAUAAUCCUGGCAAAAUCUGCUGCACUGGAAGUGAUCCAUUUUAAAAAGGAACCUGUGAGAUAGGCAGGAAGUCAUCUUGGCUUAAAAUGAGAAGCUGUGUUUUGGUAAUAUUGCUUAUUGCUCGACUACUGUAAGUCAUUGAGAAUAGUUUUGUAGAAAGAAGUGUACAAAAUGCACAAUGGAAAUUGGUACCUAAUGGGAAAAAGUUGGUGUGAAUUUCUCCUGUCUUUGUUUUAACAAAGUGGAAUUAGUAGUUGUUAAAUGUUUUAAAGAAAAAAAAAAAAAAGAAUUGAUUGUAUCCUGUAACUUCAUGCUGGGUUUAAAACUGUCUCUUUAAUGCACAACCAAGAAAGUGUGGUUUCCUGUCAGUCUUUGUGUGGCAGAUGUGCUGAUGAAUCCUGGCCACACACAGGCCAAGGAUUGCUGCACUGUACCAGACACAGGAUGCAAGGUGAAGAGUGUCUGUGCAUUUUAUAGAUGUCAGUUCUGGUGGGGUCACUGCCACCAGCACCAGCCCUACUACUUCCCAAAUCUCAGUGAAGCAGAGAUCAGGGUGUGAGUCACAGAGUACUGCUCUUGUGCAGUCAUACACUGGUGGGAAUUGCUGCCAGAGCAGUGAUUCCUUCUUUGCCUCGGGGACUCUUCUCCUCGAUAAAAGGGUAGCAAAUGCUCACACUCAGUGGGAUUUUCCUUUUCAGACCUGAAGGUGAAAAAAGAAGUGUAGUUAUGCAGUAUCAGCCUUCAACAACAAUGUGGUGCUGUGACCCUUUAUUAGCACUAGAAGCAUCCUUGGGGAAAUAAGGACAAACCCACAAAGUUUUUAUGGAAAGGAGAACAGCUUUGUUGUCAGGAGACUGUCAUAUGAUAAAAUAAUGGAAGGACCUUUCUUACAGGAUUAGGCCUUGUGUAACAUGGCUGACUGUCUGUUUUACCUAGAAAGGAUACAGUUCCUCAGGAAGAGAUCAUAGAAUCAUGGAAUAUGCUGAGUUGGAAGGGACCCAUCAGGAUCAUUGAGUCCAACAUCUGGCCCUGCACAGGAUGCUCCAAGAAUCACACCAUGAGACUGAAAGAUGCAGCAGAACAAAAGCAGAUUUGUAGUUCAAGCAGUGUUCAUGUAUAAAUUUGCAGAUGACACGAAGAUUAACACUGCAAGUGACACUCCUGAAGGACAGGGCCAUCCAAAGCAAUGUGGACAAACUCAAGAAGUGGUCCAUGAGAAUCCUGUAAGGUUCAACAAGUGCCAAUGCUGUACCUGGGCCAGAAGCCCUGGGGUCAGUCUAGGCUGGGGAUAAGCAGAUGGAGCAGCCCUGGGAGAAGGACUUGGGGGUACUGGUGGUGAGAGUGGGACAUGCCCUGUCCCUGAACCCCCCUUGUGCUGAGCUGAUUACUGACAAGGGCCUGGAGUGACAGGACAAGGGGGAGUGGCUUCAAACUGACUGGAGGGUUAGAUUGGGUAUUAGGAAGAAAUUUUUCCCUAUGAGGGUGGUGAGGCCCUGGCACAGGUUGCCCAGAGAAGCUGUGGCUGUCCCAUCCCUGGAAGUGUCCAAGGCCAUUGUUUGAAUGUGGCUUGGAGCCACCUGGAGUAGUGGAAGGUGUCCAUGCCUAUGGCAGGGAGUGGUGCUGGAUGGGCUUUAAGGUCCCUUCCAACCAAAACCAUUCUGUGAUUCUAAGUAAAAGAUGCAGUACUGAAAUACAGACAUAAUUUUCAACCUGUAGGUGAUGAUGAGCAGCUUUGGGCUGUGGUGCCACAGACUGUGCAGACAAUCAGUACUUGCACAUCCUGAUUGUUUUGUGUGUUGAGCUGUAAAGCUUUGGAACAUGCUCCUGUAUUGAGAUAUGGGAAAUUUUACUCAACUUUUUAAAGGUUAUUAAAUAAAUUCAAAGAAAUAGUUCUUUCUUGUGCAGCUGACUUUAAUCUUGAGAAUACUUCCCUGCGAGUGAUCUCCUCAUUAGUGAGUACUUAAAUGUAGCUGUGAAAUACAAGUUUUAUCCUGUUUUUCCUCUCUAAUCUCAGCCUUCUAAAAUGGGGAGUUUUUGCCUGGUAGAGUAAGAUGUGAGUUUCCUUGUUACUUUCUAGGAUGGCCACAGCUUUCAUGCUUAAAACACUUUGGAACAUGGGGUGUUGUGAACUCACUUUGUCAUCUUGAGUCCUCACUUGGCUUAAGUUGUGGUAAAGUGGAAAAUAUUACCAGGUGACAUCAGCCUGCCAGCAUCACACUUCUGCAGUUUAUGGAGACAAAUGUUGAUUCUAGAAGAUUAAAGACACAAGUUGCUUUAGAGAAAAAAAUGGAAAAUUUAUGCAUGACAUAAGCAAGCAGAAGAACUCAAGUAAUGUUUUGAUUAUAUUUUACAUUAAAUUCUCUUUGGGAAAAAUGAGCAUUUCUUAAUGGAUUUUUAAACACCAACUGUAUGGAUAAAUAAAUAAAAGGAUAAUGACUAAAUAGACUGUUUCCUUUGGGAAAGGAGAUGUAUUUGUUUAAGCAGGUAUUUGGUGUCACGUUUAGAAAUGUAGUUUUUUUAUUAAGUCCAUAUUUAAAUGAAGCUUUCUAAGUUCUAACUUUGAAAAGGUAAAGUACUACAGUGCUAGGAGGGUGUUUUGUGUUUUGUUUGUUUCAUCUUCAAUAGCUGAAGCGCCUGUAAAUGUCUGGUUACAAAUGAUGCCAUUAUCUAACAUCUUUUGUUGUUAAUCAGCUUUAGAUAUAAAACUAGCAUUAUCUGGAAUAAUCUGUCAAAUUUUCUUUUUGCAAUUUCUGCUCCAUUGAGAUUUAAAGUUGCAAGUGUCAACUCUUGGAGAUGAUAAACCUUUCAGCAUCCUUCCUGAAGAGAGGUGAGGUGUCCUUGCAAAGCAGGAGUGACAUACUGAUUUACUCGGUAUUUGGUUAUUCACAUAAUCGUGAUCUACAGCAUUUAAUUACCCUUCAUAAGCAUAGUUUGGAGACCCUUCUGAAAGUGUAUCUGCUGGAAUUAGGCUUCUGCAUGUUCCAAGCUCACUGCAGCCUCAUGCCUUCUUUUGCUUUGGUUUGUAUUUUAUAGGCAGUGGUUAUCAGCAAUGUGACCCCUGAAUACAAUGAAAUAAAGCAGCUAUUUCAUCAGACUA